AUGUUGAUGUUGAAAUUGAAAAGGGGGAGGGGAAGGAACCGAGCCUCCAGAUCAAUUCCCCGUACACCACCUGCAGGCUCGAGCCUCCCUGGCAGCCCGACCCUCCGCUCGCCGCCCGCCGCCGGGAAGUGUUUCGCGGUCGUGCUCCCACAGGAGGCAGCCGUCCAACUGCGGAGUCAAUCCUCUGCCUUCCUCGUGCGGGAGAGCUGCUCCCAGGAGGGCCGUCGCGCCGCCAUGUCCUCCAGCUGCGAUGUCUCUCCUCCGCCUCGUGCAGGACAGCAGGAGAGCUGCCCCCGGAUGGGCGCCGCGCCCUAUGCCGGAGGGAGGACGCUCGCCGUCGGGUUCUCUCUCCCUUUGCACAUGCUUCCUCCGGUCGAGGCCAUCCGCUGGUCGCUGUGGGCACUGGGCACACUCACCCUCGAUUAUAAUAGGCACCACAAGCUGAUCCGAUGGUUGAGUUGGCACAUUGACGCUUACAAUUUCAAGUUUAAAAUCGGGCACGAGAAGCGCGAGCCGUCCCACGCGCCAUUGUCACCGCCGAUGAUCGAGGUGGUUGUGUUCCCGUGGCUGGCUUUCGGUCACAUGCUCCCGUUCCUCGAGCUCUCCAAGCGCCUUGCCGCCCGUGGCCAUGCCAUCGCCUUCGUCUCAACGCCGCGGAACCUCGCCAGGCUCCCGCCCGUGCCGCCGCACCUUUCUUCUCGCCUCCGCUUCGUGUCGAUGCCGCUGCCGCGCGUCGACGGGCUGCCGGACGGCGCAGAGUCCACCGCCGACGUCCCACCGGAGAAAAUCGAGCUCCUCAAGAAGGCCAUGGACGGGCUCGCGGCACCCUUCGCCGCGUUCCUCGCCGGCGGAACGAAGCCUGACUGGAUCAUCCACGACUUCUGCCACCACUGGGUCCCGCCCAUCGCCGACGAACACAACGUGCCAUGCGCCGCCUUCAUGAUCGUCCACGCCGCUUUCGUCGCCUUCCUGGGCCCGCGGUGGGCGAACGCUGAGUAUCCGCGCGGGGCCACGGAGGACUUCGCCGUCGCGCCCGGAUGGAUGGCGUCCCAGUCCACCGUCGCCUACCGCCGCCGUAGCGAGGCCGAGUGGGUCGCCGGCAUGUUCCGCGCCAACGCGUCCGGCGUGCCCGACAUUGAACGCGUGUGGGGCAUGUUCGAGCGCAGCCGUCUGAUCAUCUACCGCAGCUGCGACGAGGUCGAUCCCGGGAUGUUUGCGCUACUCACCGACCUCCUCCGCAAGCCCGCCGUCCCCGCCGGCGUCCUGCUUCCGCCGCCGGUCGUCGCCGCCCACGACAGAGACGAGGUACUCCGGUGGCUCGACGAGCAGCCUCGCAAGUCCGUCAUCUACGUCGCGCUGGGGAGCGAGGCGCCGCUGACGCGGAAGAACCUGCACGAGCUCGCGCACGGGCUGGAGCUCGCCGGCGUGCGGUUCCUGUGGGCUCUACGCAAGCCAGUCGGACUGUUCGACUCCGGCGGCAACGCUGGCGAGCGCGGGGUGCUGCCCGACGGGUUCGAGGAGAGGACGCGGGCGCGCGGGCUGGUGUGCACGGGGUGGGUGCCGCAAGUGGCGGUGCUGGCGCAUGGCGCGACCGGCGCCUUCCUGACGCACUGUGGGUGGGGCUCCACCGUCGAGAGCUUCGCGUUCGGCCUCCCGCUGGUGAUGCUCCCGUUCAUCGUCGACCAGCCCCUCGUCGCGCGGGCCAUGGAGGAGAAAGGGAUCGGCCUGGAGGUGGCGAGGGACGACACCGACAGCUCGUUUGACAGGGACGCUGUCGCCGCGGCAGUGCGGCGCGUCAUGGUGGACGACGAAGGUAAAGUGUUGGCAAGCAACGCCAGGAAGCUGCAAGAGAUUCUUGCGGACGAGAUGGUCCAGGAGAGGUACAUCGAUGAUCUUGUCGAACACCUGCGGCCCUACUGA